AUGCAAGGCCGUAUCCACCUAGCGCGCCAUGCGGAAGGUCUUCACAAUUUGCGCAACGAUCCAACAAUUCCCAACGCUCCUUUGAGUGAACGAGGUUUUGAUUUCGCGGAAGGUCUAGGACAUCGCUUUAUCCGCGAGUACUCGAACAGUGUCGGAGCAAUCAUAUCCAGCCCACUCCGGAGGGCUAUCCAGACAUCCUUAACGGCAUUCCACCGGAUCUUGGACUCCACCCAGUAUCCUAAGAAUUCCGGUUCGGGUGUUAAUAACGGGGUGAUGUUAGCCCUAGAUGCCAAUUUGCAGGAAAUUGCCGACCUGCCAUCUAAUAACGGCUCCACUCCGAACGAUCUAAUAAUCGAAUUCCCCGAACUUAAGUCAGAAAUAGAAAAACUGCAUGAGGAUUGGCAUGUCAAGACGGGGCAUCGCUCGCCACUACCACAAUCACUGCGUCAGAGAAAAGCUGAGAUUCUACAACGACUACAAAAAACCCUAUCGGAUUUGCAAAAUGAACCCAUGGGUGAUGACAUUGUCGUUGUAACCCAUCAAGGUGUAAUCGCUCUACUUGCACCCACUGCAAACAUUCCUGUAGGCCACUGGCAGACCUUCCGCUUGGUCAGAGAAAAUGGGCUGCUUUCUUUGGAAUGA